CGGCUCGCGAGCGCCCCGGAAGCUGCCCCUUCUCAGGGGUCAUGAUGGGCAGCAAAAUGGCGUCUGCCAGCAGGGUCGUUCAGGUAGUCAAGCCACAUACUCCAUUAAUAAGGUUCCCUGACAGAAGAGACAAUCCUAAGCCCAAUGUAUCAGAAGUUUUGAGAUCAACAGGACUACCAUCUCACUCUUCUUCAAUUUCACAGCAUUCUAAGGGAAGUAAAUCACCAGAUUGGCUGAUGCAUCAGGGUCCACCAGACACUGCAGAAAUAAUAAAAACAUUACCUCAGAAAUACAGAAGGAAACUUGUAUCACAAGAAGAAAUUGAAUUUAUCCAACGUGGAGGUCCAGAAUAAUCACUGACAAUGUGGCUGCUGUUUGUCAUCAGACAAAAGAAUAGUCUUUACAAUAAAGGAUUUCCAAAAUGACAAAUGAGAAAUUGUACAUUAAACAACUUUAAUAAAUAUUCUGUAAAAGAAAAAAAAGAAAUAUAGAAAAUUUAGAUAGACACUUGUAUCUCCUAAUUUAUGUAUGUUGGUCAGCUUCUCCACAAGCUUACCUAAUUGUUUAUAUACUUUAUACUUAUUAAAGUACACAUUUUUAAAU